AUGGUUGGUAAUAUGAUUUCCCAAGACAUGAAAGUCAAUACUUCUCGUCCUGUGCACAUCGGCAUUGUUGGUGCGGGAAUUGGUGGACUGGCUGCUGCAAUUGCAAUUGGUCAAGCUGGUGCCCAAGUCACAGUGUUGGAAGCGGCCCAAGAGCUAGGUGAAAUUGGAGCAGGAAUUCAGAUGACCCCAAAUGUUUCUGUGCUUCUUCAGAGGUGGGGAGUGGACAAGGUUAUUGGAGAUAACUUGGUUCAGUUUGAAGAAUUGAACAUGCGGCGCAAAGAUGGUACACCAGUCGGUUAUACCAAAAUUGACACAAUCGAACGAGAUCUGCAACGACCAUGGUGGGUGGUCCAUCGAGCCCAUCUCCAUGAGGGGUUAGCCACAAUUGCUGUUAAAGCCGGCGCUAUGAUCAAGCUUGACUCCCGAGUCGUCAAAAUUGACCACCAAGCUGAAAAGGCCACCGUGACUACCCAAAAAGGGGACUCAUACACAUUCGAUCUCUGCGUUGGUGCAGAUGGAGUCAAUAGUGUUAUUCGUCGCUCAUUGUUCCCAGAUGUUCGACCGGAGCCCCCCACCACUAACUGUGCAUACCGAGCCAUGGUGCCGUACGACCAGAUUCGCCAGGAUCCAAUUGCUAAGGAGCUUAUUCAAAAGCUGACCAUGGAGGUGUGGAUGGCUCCUCAAUCCUAUAUCAUUACCUAUCCAAUCUCGGCCGGCAACAUGUUUAACUUGGUCCUGUCACACCAUCGCCCCGAGAAGCUGCGGGCCACUCAGGAAGAUGUACCUAUUGAGGAGAUGCGGGAGGAGUUCAAGGAUUAUGAUCCACGCAUCAAGCGUAUUGUGGAUAUGAUCCCGAAAGUGUCACGUUGGCCACUCAUGGUGACUGGACCAUUGAAGUCUUGGUCCUCGCCCCAGAAGAACGUGGUUCUUAUGGGCGAUGCGGCACAUUCCAUGGUGAAUCACAUGGCACAGGGGGCAGCCACUUCGAUGGAAGACGGCGCUUUCCUCGCCAAGUGCAUUGAGGCUGUUGUUCAUGGCAAAAUCAGUAUCCAGGAUGCCGUCGGAAUCUAUGAGACAGAGCGCAUGCCCAAAGCAUAUGCCAAGCAACAGGUAUCCUUUAUCAACGGAGCCAUCUGGCAGCUACCAGAUGGGCCGCUGCAGCAAGGGCGCGACGCGGCGAUGGCGCCUGAGCUGGAAGGGACCUACUUCGUGCGUAGCAGCAACCUCUACGGAGACCCACAGACUGUGCUUGACAUUUAUGGGUAUGACGUUCAGGGACAUGCUGAAGAUGCGAUACGGAAGUUCUGUGACGGCAAAGAGCCGGCUCAUCCUGUAACGGGCGUCACUCGUUCUUUGCAGGGUAAGUAUAUGGACUGGUACUUGCCAGUCCAAAGCAGACAAGCCGGGAAGCUGUAA